CGGCAACCCUGUGUGCUGGUUUGAAGAGGACUAGUGAGGGCCAGGAAAAGAACGACGCUGAUCGCGAUGAAGAUGAAAAACAACAACGCCGACCCGACGCUGAGUUUUGAGGAGCUCGCUCAGCACAAGGUGACCUCAGGAGGCGCGUCAGAGCACUCCACAGGAGGGCGGCCCGUCUACCAGUGCCCCCCGCUGCCACCCAGAAUGCGUCACAAGCCGCCGCCCCCUGCCCAGAUAGCCAGCGGGCACGCCGAAGAGAGUGAGCUGGGCGUGUACAAGUCGGUGCCGCCGCCACGUCAGCUGGGGGAGCAGCCAGUGACCAACGGGGCCGCGCCGGGCCGGCUCUCCGGCAGCGAUCCGAUGCUCGCCAGCCAGGAGAUCCAGCUGCACUCCAGCAAGUUCCCGGUGGAGCGCGAGCUCUCGCUGGUCGACAAGACGGUGGAGAAGACCAGUUUCCAGCAGUACAGCCGCAGUCUGGGCCGCGAUGGCCGCCUGCCGGAGGAGGCCGCGGCAGGCCGGUACGGCGGCCCGACGCCGGCAGACGCUGCGCGCAGCCUGAGUCUGACCCGCGGCGGCCGACUGGCCGGCGGACGCAGCUCCGAGAACCUCGGCGUGGAGCGGCAGACGACCGGUAGCAGGGACCAGCUGCUCCAGUCCUCUGCCUCCCUCGGAGACGGUAUCGACAACCCGGCCAUGGAGGACCCCUACGGCGUCUACAGGGGUCCGGGCCGCGCCUCCGGCAGGGGUCAGCCCGAGUACGCGCCGGGCCCGGCGGCGGCCGGCGCAAGCGGCUCCGAUACUCUGAGGGACGCCUGCAGCAGGAUGUUCCAGCGGGACGGCUGGGGGCGCGGCUCGCAGUCGGUGCGCGCGCCACAACCCACAGCGGGUAUGUCGGCGCAGGCGCCCCGGUCAGCAGCGGACGGGCCGACACCGGCGUCCGGCGCCGACCCGACGGAGGGCGACCAGGAGCGAGCCAAGAACGGCACGCUCACCAAGAAGUACUACCACAUCAAGGACAUGAUAUCGAACCGGCUGGGGAAGCUGGGCGCCGACCAGACGGGCCGGCCCGCCCCCGCUGCCGCCCCCGCCCAGAACAACGCCGUCAACGGCCGCGCGUCCAACAUCAACUCCAGCUUCCGGAAGGCCAUGCAGCACAACGCGCAGAAGUCGAACCUGACCGACGAGAGCGGCGUGCUGUACAGCAUGUCCAGUCUCUCCCUGGAGUCGGGCGCCCAGCCGGGCUACACGCCGCCCUCGGGGGGCCCGCUGGGCGCCCCGUACGGCUACACGGGCGGGUUCGGCGCCGGACCGCAGAGCCGGCUGGGCCAGCCGCCGCCGCCGCCGGCCGCGCACCCCGGCCACCCGCAGUACGGCGGCGCCCCCGGCUACGGCGCCCCGGCCUCCGAGCACGCCCCGGGCGCGGCGCAGUACGGCCCCGGCGCGGCGGGCGCCAUCUACGGCACGGCGGCGCAGCCGGGCGGCGCGCCGUGGCAGCAGCAGCGGCCGCUGCCCCCGCAGCCGUACCCUGGCCCGCCGCCCCGGCCGGCCGUCUACGGCUCCACGCCGCCGCGGCCGGCGCACGGAGCGCACCCGCUGCGACCGGCGGCUCCGCCCGCGUACGGCACACACCAGCCGAGCGGGCCGCACUUCAACGGUCACCCUCUGAGCGGCCAGCCGCUGUACGGACAGCUGCCGGCGGCGGCGCACUUCAACGGCCAGCACCCGGCCGGACCGACCUACGGCGGAACCCAGCCGGCCGGACCGACCUACGGCGGCGGCCAGCCGGCCGGGCCGACCUACAGCGGCAGCCAGACGUCAGCGGCUCACUUCAGUAGUUCGCAGACCUCUACUGCCCACUACAGCAGUCCACAGACCUCUGCGGCACAGUUCAACGGUCCGCCGACUUCCGCAGCUCAGUUCAACGGCCCGCCUACAUCUGUAUCACAGUUCAACGGCCCGCCUACAUCUGCACCUCAGCUCGGCGGCCCUCCCACCUCUGUGCCUCAAUUCAGCGGUGCUCAGACGCCGGCGUUCAGUUCCCAACAGACCAGCACGGCGAACGGGAGCGCGGGGGGCCCUCAGCAGACCCCGGGCCGCCAGGACAGCCCGGCCCGGCCGGCCGCCGAGGGGGUGUACGGUCAGACGGCGGCUCCGCCCGCGCAGCGGCCGCCGCCGCCUCCGGCCAGCCCGCCGCCGGCCGAGGACCCGCAGCCGGCCGCGGCCGCCGAGCCGGCGUACGCCUCGCGCCAGGAGGCGCAGAAGGAGGGCGGUCUGGGCCACUCGUCCGACUCUGGCCACGGCAGCAGCCAGUCGGCCGGCGGCGAGCGGCCGCAGAAGAUGGCCUCGCCGGCGCCGCUCGACUCCAGCCUCGACUCGGACGUGCAGUCGAGCCGGCAGAAGCAGGCGAUGGCGGCCGCCCUGCAGGCAGGCCAUUCCUCAGGUAACGACUCGGAGUGGGUGGACAUGGUGGAGACGGAGCUGCGCCAGAUCCUGGACCCGCGCUUGUUCCGCUCCACGGGCGCCGGCGGACCCGCGCCCGGACCCGGAUCCGGCUCCGGUGGGGGCGGGGGCGGCGGCACGCCCCCGCUGCCGGCGCUGCCGCUGGGCGACUCGCCGGCCGGUUCGCAGUCCGGCAGCCCGUCCCCGGCCCGGCAGUCGGUCGGGGUCGGCGGCGGCGGCCUCAGCCAGCCGGACCUGCUGGAGGCCAUGUCCAGCGGCGGAGGGGGAGGGGGAGGCGGCGGUGACGGAGGGCCCGCCGUGCGCCGCUCCGGCAGCUCCGGCCAGGGCCGCGCCUGGCCCGGCCGCGCGCAGGAGGUACCGCUCACCAGGGAGCCGCGGGAUAUGAGGAGCCGACACCGGAUCCCCCUCAACACCCGACUCGCGUCGGUGAGCAGCGCGGGUCGGACGGACGGCGACGUCACCUCGAUGACCACCGGUCUGGACCUGGAGUCGAUGCUGGACGCGACUACCGACCAGACCACCGACGACGAGUCCACCGUCCUCGAGGCAACCGCCGACGGGCCGGCCAUCCGCAAACAGCUCGAGAGCCUCGAGGGCAUGUACUCGGAGGUGCUGCGUCUGCUGGGUGGCGGCCAGCGCCGCGUUCCUCCCGGCGCGCGCCUGCCCCGCUCCGGGCUCACCAAACACAGGAUGUACGGCAGCAUGUCGUCCCUGCCGUCCUCGAUUGGGGCCCGGCCAGUGAAGGAGCGGCGCAGGGACGACCGGAAGAAACUCAAGGACAUGAAGGGCGUCAACAAGCGGUUCCAGCGACUGGAGAGUCACGUGGUCACGCUGGCGAGGAGUGUGGCGCACCUGUCCUCGGAGAUGCGGACACAGCACCUCAUGUUCCAGGAGCUGGAGAGUAUCCGCACGGAGCUGACGCAGCUGCGCACCUCGCCGGGCCGCGCGCUGCGCCCCCACCGGCCGGCCAACGAGUUCGAGGCGUUCCGAGACGCGGUGCCCUCCCUCACACACCCCGGCCGGGUGAGAAAGCUGACCAAGUUCUUCGGCGACGAGCCGCCGCUGCUGCGCAUCUUCCUCAAGAAGCUCGGCUAUGAGAAGUACGCGGCGCUGUUCGAGCGGGAGCGGAUCGGGAUGAUCGAGCUGCCCUACAUGACCGAGGACCGGCUGCAGAAGCUGGGCAUCCCCAUCGGACCGCGCCUCAGGAUCCUCCAGGAGGCACAGAUGUCACUCCGAAACGACAAUUUUAACGUCUACAUACUCUGAGGCGGCUGCCGCAGGCGAGGUACUCAAAGGCUGUGCGCCACGAGACGGCGGAGGUCCUCCGCGUCUUCACCUCUGAGGAGCCGGCCCAGGGCGGUGUUGGUCGGCUGUGCGUCAGAAGAACGCAUGGGUCCGUUGUUAGGCCUCACUCAUCACUCACUAGUGUUUGUCGUGUGGCCGCUGAACAGUGCUCAGAGAAGUAAUGGCCAGGACAGGUGACCUGAUGUCUCAGUGCGCUGCAGGAGGUAUACGUCCAAUCAGGAAAUUCGGUAUCAGGAACGGACGGCCAGGUCUUGGAGCGUCGAAUGGCGGACGUGAGCCGCCAAUCAGUGAUAGCACGGAGUGGUCUGUACAGGGCGGCGCGCCGCAACGGCUGCCCUGGACUGGGGCCGGAGGUCGCUGCGUGGUACCAAACUGUGCUGUCGGAGCUGUGCGGUACCAAACUGUGCUGUCGGAGCUGUGCGGUACCAAACUGUGCUGUCGGAGCUGCGCGGUACAGACGUACCCCCCGAACAGUUCAGACUGAGUCCCUGCCGACUGACGCCGGGAAUCAGUGUUAAAUAUCCCGCUAAAAGUAUGCGUUUUUGCAUACGCCACUCAUGCUGAGAGUUGUGUGUAAAUCCAUUGAUGCUACACAUGAAUGCUAACAUUAGAGAUCAUGAGCGUGUAGUGUCCAUCAUUCCUAGUGUUGCACAUAGUCUUAUGCUUGCGUGUAAGGAAACUACUAUAACCGUGUUUACAUAGGGUUCCCUUAAUCUUCCCUUAUUUGUCUCUUAAAUGUCCCUUAUAAAGGAAUCCUCUGUCUCCUUUACCUCGCUUCACUACAAA